CCCCUGUGUGUGGCAGACAUGGUGUCGUCCGGAGUGGGUGACGUCACCUUCAGCUGUUCAGAAGAGAAGGGGCUCGGGGUGAGUUUGAAUGUGAUCAGUGAUAGGAGAGGGAUGCGGCGGGGACACGGCGUAUGGAGGUGACAUCUGGAUGAGAUAGGAGGGGGCUUGUCAUUACCGAGGACUCUGAUCAUCCUAUGGAGGGACAUUGAGAACUUCCAGCAACCAACGGCUCCCCCCCAACCAUCCCCCUUCACUAUACAUCCCAGCCAGAGGAAGUGACAACGUGCUGCAGAUCUUCUUCUAUCAUCCCAGCUGGCCUGGCUUAUUAAUGGAUGCUUUCACCUAAACUCGUGGCCUACAUAGAACUAUGGCGUUGGAUUCGUCAUCUUUUGUAAUACCUAGUGGUUUUCAGCUCUUCAACAAUCAAAAUGUAGACACUGGGCAAGAAGACCCUUUUGAAGAUUUAUGUAGCCUGGAAAAUAAUCGGCAUUAUGAUGUGGUUCCCACAGUGGUAUGCUCCUUAUGCUGCCUCUUUGGCCUUGUAUAUACCUUUUUUGGUUAUCGGUGCUUCAAAGCCAUUAUGUUUUUAUCGGGACUGUUGGCUGGAUCAGCAGUCAUCUUUUUGCUUUGUUAUAAAGAGAGAAUCAUGGACACACAGCUGAGCCUGGAGCUAAGUGCGGGCAUUGCCCUGGGCAUCGGCCUUCUUUGUGGACUAGUCACCAUGCUUGUGCACAGUGUUGGACUGUUUAUGACUGGCCUGCUUUUUGGGCUUUUGCUGGCCGUAGCCUGUCUGGUGGGCCUGGAGCAGUUCUAUCAUCCUCCCACAGCCUGGGUUCCAGUAGGAAUAAUGAUGGGUUCUGCCAUGCUGUUUGCUGUAUUGACUCUGCAGUGGCAGAAGCUCUUCACUGUGAUUUCCACUGCAACAUUUGGAGCAGCUAUCCUGGCUGUAUGUACAGACUAUUUCAUUGAGAUGAUGCUGCUGGUGCAGUAUGUGUAUGACAGACUCCGCUUAGAAGUCUCCUUUCCCCUCUGCUGGUUCAGCUGGGUAGUGCUGGGCAUGUGGCCAUUGUUAAGUGUACUGGGAAUUGUAGUUCAGUGGAAGCUGACGGCUGAGGGCUUUUCUCAUACUGAUGUGAUCAUAAGCAGACGCCAGAAACGCCUCCAGCUCUUACGAAUUCGUCAGAAAGAGGCCAAGAAGAAACAGAAUGUUGCUUCUCAAGAUGGGACUUACAGGCGGAAGGCCAAUCCUAUUAAAAGAUACACUGGGGACAUCCUUGCACCAAGUUACCUGCAAACCCUGAGAGAACGUCAGUCUGGUAGCGGCACAUCCAUGAGCAGCCUCAGCACAAAUAUGCAAACCGUUGUGGACAUGGACUAUGAUUGUGGCUCCACUGUACCUCUUACAGCCACUACGCCUGUCAUCCAAGCCUGAGGUGUUCCUGGUCUCUAGCCGCACUUUCUAUGUGAUCAGACAUGGCCGCUUCCCUGUGCCUUACAUGUUGCUUUUCAUCACAUCUUACCAUUUCAUUUGCCAGUGCCACGUAUCCAGAGUAUGCAAAUUUGUGGAAACAAUUCCUAGACGAUUUGUAAUGAAUGGACCAGUAUAAUUGUUUUGUUGUAUACUGCUGGUUCCAGACAGGCUCGUCUAGAAAGAUGCUUUUUAUAAUGAACAUGUAUGCAAUACUGCACAUUUGAUCAGGGUUUUAUGUAACUAAAAGGGAAAACGCGCCUAAAAUAAAACUGUGCUUUAUAAUAUGUAUUGUAACAUGUACUGUAUGUAUGCACAUAUUGCUUCAAUGUUGUCUUUUGAACCAAUCUCAAGUUGUCUCCACCAAAUUGUUCGGUGAUGCAAUUAACACUGCACCUCUCUGUUUUCUGAUUGGAUGCUGCAGUUGCUUCCCAAAUGAGAGAUCCAUUAAAAGGAGAUCUGGGUGUCAUAAUGGAAUCGGAUAACAAGCAAAACAUGCAUGUGUUUCAAAGGACAAAUGUGCUAUAAACAAAAGCUCUGGGUGGGGACAUAAGUAGACAUUAAGGCUGGAGUCUCGCAUUUUUGCUUGAUGUCUUUUUCUCCUAAAUCGAUGGAAAUGAAUGCCAAUGCGUUA